GGCAACUCUUGCACACGUGCUUCUUGAAAUCAAAACACUAUCUAUAGUCCUUUAGUUUAUUUACCCAUGUAAAAAUAAUAUUAGAAAUACAACGAAAGGUUGAAAAAAACUCACAAUGGCUCGCCGCAGAUGGGGUGAACUAGAAAAAGUUACCCUGUCCUCAGCUGUACUCGAAGUAAUUGAAAGCUUUGGUUUUGAGAGGACAACUCCAGUGCAAAGCGCAACUAUACCUCUUCUUCUCGAGCGAAAAGAUGUUAGUGUAGAAGCAGUGACUGGAUCUGGAAAAACAUUGGCAUUUUUGGUUCCUAUGUUGGAAAUGUUACAACGGCGUCAAACUGAUACACCGUGGACGUCAAAGGAAGUUGGUGCGCUGAUUAUUUCCCCAACGCGAGAAUUAGCAUUUCAAAUAUCCGAAGUCUUGGAUAAAUUUUUGGAAAAGAAAGAAUUGAGUUACUUACGGCAAAAAUUGAUAGUUGGGGGUAGCAGAAUUGAAGAAGAUAUUACAGCGAUUAAAAAAGAAAGUCCCUGCAUUUUAGUAUGUACUCCCGGUCGCUUGGAGGAUUUAUUUCAAAGAAAAGGCGAUCUGAAUCUGGCUGGAAGGGUGAAAAGUUUGGAACUUCUCGUACUGGAUGAGGCUGAUCGUUUACUUGAUCUAGGGUUUAAAGCAACUAUCAACAACAUAUUGGGAUAUUUGCCCAGACAACGACGUACUGGACUCUUUUCUGCUACACAGACAACAGAGAUAACCGAUCUUAUUCGAGCCGGCCUUAGAAACCCCGUUCGUGUUUCGGUUAAAGAAAAAUCGAGCAUUAGUACUCCGGUGAAAUUGCAAAAUUUUUAUAAAAUUAUAGAACCAGAAGAAAAGUUUUUAGGACUAAUACAUUUUUUACAAUCACCGCUAACAUCACAUGGAAAAGUUAUGGUAUUCUUUCCCACUUGUGCCUGUGUUGAGUACUGGGUGAUGAUAAUGUCGCAUUUUCUACAUAAUCGCUGUGUUUUAGGAAUACAUGGUAAAAUGAAGAAUAAACGUAAAAACACAGUAGAAAAAUUCAGACAAGAAGCAAAUGCUGUACUACUUUGUACGGAUGUGCUGGCUCGUGGCCUAGAUGUGCCAGAAAUUGAUUGGGUGGUGCAAUGGGAUCCACCAGCAAGCGCAAGUAGCUUUGUUCACCGCGUUGGACGCACGGCACGCCAAGGCAAUGAGGGAAAUGCAUUGGUAUUUCUCCUACCGACGGAGGACGCAUAUAUUACUUUCUUGAAAAUAAAUCAAAAAGUUGAGUUGAAUGAAUUAGAGAAUGCUGAUCAUGAUAAGGAAGAGUUGGGGCGAGUACUGGAGAAAUUGCACAGAUUACAGUUAAAGGACAAGGACAUUUUUGAUAAAGGUACACGGGCUUUCGUUUCUCACAUCCAGGCAUACUCAAAACAUGAAUGUAAUGCAAUUUUGCGCUUGAAAGAUUUGGAUCUAGGAAAAGUUGCAACAUCAUAUGGCUUACUUCAGAUGCCUAGAAUGCCAGAGUUAAAAAAUCGCGAAUCUACGAAUUUCAUUGGACCCAAAUGUGAGGUGGAUAUAUCAAAAUUAACCUACAAGAAUCCACAAAAAGAAAGCCAACGCCUUGAAAAACUUAAGAUCUAUGAAGUGAGCGGUGAGUGGCCAGGAAAGAAAAAGUUUAAAAAGCGUACAGAAGCUUGGGAGCAAACAAAGAAAGCUAAAAUGGAUACAAAAACAAAAAAAGAAUUAAGAAAAGCUAAGAAACAGAGGAAAAUAGAAAACGAUGUGAAUAAACCGAAGAAAAGGAAACCUCAAUAUACACAGGAAGAUUUAGACGAGCUAGCUAACGACAUACGUCUAUUCAAGAGACUAAAAAGAAACAAGAUUUCUGAGGAAGACUUUGAUAAGGAAAUGGGCAUUGAAGAUUAGUUACUAGUUAUCUAUGUUCAAGUAUCACUAUUAAUUUUGUAAAUAAUAUACAUGUAGCCAAUUUGUUA